CUUCUUCCUCUCGAUCAAACCCAGAUCUGGUUUCUCCGGCUUCUGAUCGUCUUCUUCGGCAUGUUGUUUUUGUGCUCAGAAGCCUUGGGCUUCCGAGUUUUGCUGCUUGAGCCGCCAGGUUCUCCGGCUGCUCAAGCCUGAUGGAGCCGGCCUGCUCCCUGCUCCGAUGACCCCAUGAGGUUGUUUUCUGUUUGUUUUCUUUGUUUCCUGUUUCUGUGUGUUGCCCGCUUGCCUGCAGGUCUCGCGGCUCCUUGCUCCCUCACGCAAAUCUACCGAGCUGCACGCUGGAAUUCCCAGAUCUGGCGGCCGUCGCCCAGAUCUGGUCUUCGCCUGCACGGUUUCUCUCCUCGGCGUCCUGGAGUCUGGAUGCAACCUCUAGAUGGGUAGAUAGAAGGGUGUCCCGCUGGAUCGCUCGACCGAAGGCAACCUUGGUCCUUCAUGGUUUUAGAUUAUUUUCUCUUCUUUGCUGCUGCAUUGUCGUCUUCUCCGUCGUCUUCGCCGUCGUCGUCGUCUUCGCCAUCGUCGUCGUCUUCGCCGUCGUUGACCUCAACAAUUCUUCCGCAACAGAAGCAGGAGUCACCUUUGUGUGAACCCAGUUCUGGGUUCCUGGGUUCCUCGAAGAACCUGGGUUCCUCGAAGAACCUAGGUUCUGGGUUUCGCGAGGAACCCUUGAAGAACCCAGUUUCUGGGUUCCUCGCGGAACAAACCCUAGUAUUUCUUCCAGAAAUUGUGCUUUGCUCUGUGUCUUUAACUUCUUGCUUUGUUUGGUUGCUGAGAAAAUAUUUCUGAUCCCUUUUUGUUUUUGUUUGGUUGCCGAGAAAAUUUUGCUUUGUUUGUUUUUGUUUGGUUGCUGAGAAAAUUUUGCUUUCUUUGAUUUUGUUUGGCCUUCGGGAACUCAACUGAAACUGGAAAAGGAAAAUAAUUUUUCAUGUGGGCC